UCUCGCUAGUGAUGACGCAUGUCCUGGGCGGUGGAGAAGGCAUGAUGGCGGCGCCCAUGGAGGUGGCCGUGUGUACCGACUCGGCGGCCCAGCUGUGGAGCUGCGUCGUGUGGGAGCUGCACUCGGGCGCCACUCUGCUCACAUACCGCGGCGGCCAGGCCGGGCCUCGCGGCCUGGCGCUGCUCAAUGGCGAGUACUUGCUGGCGGCGCAGCUGGGCAAGAACUACAUCAGCGCCUGGGAGCUACAGAGGAAGGACCAGCUUCAGCAGAAGAUCAUGUGCCCCGGACCGGUCACCUGUCUUACCACGUCGCCCACCGGCCUCUACGUCCUGGCAGGGAUCGCAGAGAGCAUAUACCUGUGGGAGGUUUCCACGGGGAACCUUCUGGUCAUCCUGAGCCGCCACUACCAGGACGUGUCAUGCCUACAGUUCACGGGGGACAGCAGCCACUUUGUCUCGGGGGGCAAGGACUGCCUGGUGCUGGCUUGGAGCCUCUGCAGCGUGCUGCAGGCAGACCCCUCCCGGACCCCCGCCCCCCGGCACGUGUGGUCUCGCCACACCCUCCCCAUCACAGACCUGCACUGUGGCUUUGGUGGGCCCCUGGCCCGGGUGGCCACCGCCUCGCUGGACCAGACAGUGAAGCUCCCGUCUGAGGUUCCUGUGGCAUCCAGAGUCUCCCGGCUGGGCCGCUGCGCUCCACUCUCAGACCCAUGCCCCCAUCCCCGCCCCCAGCUGUGGGAGGUCUCCUCCGGCGAGCUGCUGCUGUCUGUGCUCUUCGACGUGAGCAUCAUGGCCGUGACCAUGGACCUGGCUGAGCAUCACAUGUUCUGCGGUGGCAGUGACGGCUCCAUCUUCCAGGUCGACCUCUGCACCUGGCCCGGGCAGAGAGAGAAGAGCUUCCAGCCGGAGCAGGACCACGGGAAGGUGUUCAGAGGGCACAGGAACCAGGUGACCUGCCUGUCAGUGUCCACGGAUGGCAGCGUGCUACUCUCGGGCUCCCACGACGAGACGGUGCGCCUCUGGGAUGUGCAGAGCCAGCAGUGCCUCAGGACAGUGGCUCUCAAAGGCCCCGUGACCAACGCCUGCAUCAUGCUGGCGCCCAUCAGCAUGUUGAGCUCCGACUUCAGGCCCAGCCUGCCCUUGCCCCACUUCAACAAGCACCUGCUGGGCACGGAGCAUGGGGAUGAGCCACGCCACGGGGGCCUCACGCUGCGCCUGGGCCUCCACCAGCAGGGGUCAGAGCCCAGCUACCUGGAGCGGGUGGAACAGCUGCGCGGGGUGAUGUGCAGCACGUUGGAGAAGAGCGUGCUGGGUGGCCAGGACCAGCUGCGGAUCCGCGUGGCAGAGCUGGAGGACGAGGUGCGGAACCUGCGCAAGAUCAACCGCGACCUCUUCGACUUCUCCACGCGCAUCAUCACUCGGCCGGCCAAGUGAGCGUGUGCACCCGACCCCGGCCAAGUGAGGCCCAGUGAGCGUGCGCGCAGCCGGGACCCGCACCCGGACCUUCCCCCUGGGCUCCCCCCAGGACCCUCCCGACUGGCUGGCAGAGCCCGAGGCCCGAGCCCAUCCUCUGCCAGCGUCCUAUCAUUUGGAUUUGCCACCCCCACCAGGGGUCGUGGUCCAGUGUUGACCCGCUGCCCUUCCGUGACCUGCCAUGUCAUGUUGGUGCUGUGCCAUGUCUAACAAAAGAGCUGAAAUCCUG